AUGAUCGACCAUCUGCUCGGUCGACCUUCGACCAAGCUCAAGAGGGUCCAGAUCUUCUCCGUCAUCCUCUUUUGGCUCUGGUUCCUUGUCACAGGCAACCGAGAUGGUCCAAGUCCCCUCAUACGCAAGAUCAAUGCCAAGCUCAAGCGCUUCUCGCCCUGGCAGAUUGUCGUCUUCAGCUCCGUCGGCAUCUACACCAUCAGGCACCUCGACUCGCUCCUCGGCUUCGGCGCUCCAGAGCCGCUCGCUCGCAUGUACUCGCGCAACUUUUACCGCACAACCUGGAUCGUCACCGCCCUAGACGCUGGUUUUGCCUCUGCAAUCAACAUCAAACCCAAGUGGCUCAGAGACAUCAUGAGCCUCGUCUUCUCCGCGUACUACCUCGUCUACGCGAACGAAGCCGACGAGAAGCUUCGGAAGUACAGGGCCUUCUGCACCGUCGACAUGAUGCGCUACACUUGGGAAAAGACCACUAAUCCCUACAUUCGCGCCGCCACAUGGUUCCACCGUCCGUCUCUGCCCAUCGCACGUCCUCUCCUGAUACCCCGGCCGCAGGUGGCAGCACAUCACACACGACCUAGCAAGGCGUGGCUCUUCUACGCCAAGAGCGAAAGGCAGCUCCGCAUGGAGGAAGAGCUCGUCCUCGACUUUUGCGGCGGUGGCUACAUCUGUAUGAAUCCGCAGCAUCACGAAGAGCGUCUGCGUCAACUCGCCAAGCAGAUGCAGAAGCCCGUCCUCUGCGUCGACUACUGCAAGGCACCCGAGUAUCCGUAUCCGUUCGCACUCGAGGAAUGCUUCGAUCUCUAUCGUACACUCCACGAGACGGCCGGCAAGGUCAUCGGCAUGUCCGGCUCACCCAACUUCCGCAUCAUCCUCACCGGUGACAGUGCCGGUGGCAACCUCGCCACUGGCGUCGUGCUCAAAAUCAUCCAGUACCCGCAGCCUCGCAUUCAGCUAGCUUACUCGUCGCUCACCUCCCGCAGCUGCGGCCCGGCACAACGACCUCCACCGCUGCCCAAACCCAUCGGUAUGGUGCUCACCUACCCGAGUCUCAACUUUGGUUUCUCGAGCUGGAUGAAGCCAGAGCACCUACGCCUUUUGCGCCAACAGAGCGAGGUCAAUCUCGACAAUCUCGCUCAGCAUCAGUCUACUGUCGCCGCGUCUGCCUCUUCCACAUCCCUUCGCUCUGCCAGGCGACGCUCAGCUGCCAACUUGGCAACAACAGCCAGCGCCUCGGACCGCAAACGUGCCGAGGCGAAACGUGCCAGGAGCAAAGAGCGAACCAAGGAUCCUCGUUCAUAUCAGUCUUUGACUCGCACCGCCGAGCUCCAUCUCGACGAACGCGCUCGCUACGCAGAAGUCGAUCCCACCUCGGACGAGAACGGCGCAUCCACCCCUUCGGACUCGGCUCCAGAAGGAAUGUGGGCUGAAGGCGCCUGGACUCCCUCAUGGGAGAAGGGCGGUCUGCCAUGGGCCCAGGUGGCUCGACAAGCCAUGCUGGAUGAGAUCGCCGACCGUGAAGAGAAGCGAGCGCAGGCGCGUUUCGAAAGGGAGCAAAAGGCAUUGCAGGAGGCAGCCGAAGCAGCGGAUAGCAGGAACAAGGAUCAGAGGCGCGCGCCCUUCAACACUCGCCUCACCGUCACUUCCAUGGCUGGCUACUUCCAGGACAGGAUCAUGACGCAGGGCAUGCUGCGUGCCAUGGCCAUCCUCUACAUCGGUCCCAAACGACAGCCCGACCUGGACCACGACUACUACCUUUCUCCUGUUGUGGCGCCAGCGCAUCUUUUGGCCGAGUUCCCGCCUGUCUUGUUCAUCUGCGGCGAGAAGGACCCUCUGUGCGAUGACACCGUCAUCAUGGCCGGCCGCAUCCGCGAAGCGAAGCUUGCCAAAAAGGCGGACAUCGAACGACGCAAGGCCAUGGCAUCAGCUCGAUUCGGUGAAGGUUUGCGAACCACGCCCAUCUCGUCGAACAAUCAAGCCAAGUUGCCCGUCGAUCCGAUCGAGCAAGAGUCGCCCGACGACUGGGUGCAGAUGAGGAUCAUCGAAGGCUGGAGUCAUGGCUUUUUGCAAAUGUCUGCAUUGAUGCCAGAAGCCAAGCAGGUGAUCGGCUUCCUGGGCACCUGGAUGUCUCUGGUCUUUGAAGAGCACAGGGACAAGCUCGACGAAGAGAGGGAGAAGGGCGAGGCAGAGGCGAGGCAAAAGGUCAUGGAAAAUUUCAGGGGUAGUAGGGGUGGGUCGCCGUUGAUUGGGCAGACAGCGAGCAUGGGCACCGCACACGCUUCAAUUGCACCAAGUCGGGAGCAGAGCUCGCUUGCAAGCCACAACAACGUGCAAAGUGGCGGCAGCAACAGCGAGGAGGUUGAGGUUGCAGCGGCCGCAAAUCAAGCUGUGCAGGAGGAUGCAGACGACGAGGACGAGAAUCAGGAUGAAGACGACGAUGGGCCCAUCAUGGUGAUUCCGAAGAAGCAUCGAAUGGGCUCCUCGAACGCUUUGCCUCCCAAGUCUUCCUCGCAAGCGCACGGCGACGGACGAGAUGGAUCGACUCGACUGGAUUCUGAGAGCGCUCGCUCUGCUUCUUUCAGGUCUAAUACCCACAGCCUGGCGCCUCCUCAAAUUGCGCAUCUCCGUGCGGACGAUGAUCGCGAUGCGCGUGCCCACAGCGACAGCGAGACUACUCGCAACUCUGGUCCACUGCCUCGCAACGUGCAUCUCGCUGCUCAAAAUCGGGCCGAGAGCGAGACCAACCUGGUUGCCGACAACGCUGCACGUUCAGGAUUCCCGAGCAAUAGCGGCGGUGCGACGAUUCGAAGGGGAAGCAAGAACGGAGCGGCGUCUCGCAUUGAUGACAAAUACCGAAGCAUGUUGGUGGAAGAAGCGAGUCUGUUGGCCAGGAGGAGGGACGAUGUGAUCUUUGGUCUCGAGGGCAAUAGCGCUGUUGUGGGGGAUGAGGAGGAUGAGGAGGUGGAGGAGGAUGGGAGGAGGAGGUCGAGGUUGAGCAAGGAGGUGAUGGGCGAGUCGAGUACGGAUCGCGGUUCGACGAGGAGUGUUGAGCGCACGUGA